AUGGUCGGACUUGCUUCGGCCGCCGGUCUUGUUGGCUUUCUCUCUGAACCCGAUUUGGAGUUGAGAGUCUUCGCUCUGAAGACCCUCGAUUCUCAAAUCGACCUCCUCUGGACAGAAGUUGUUGACGCAGUGCCUCAAAUAGAAGCAUUAUACGAAGAUGAGUCUUUCCCGGAGCGGGAGCUCGCCGCUUUAGUUGCGGCGAAGGUUUACUAUCACCUUCAAGAAUACAACGAAAGCAUGGUGUUCGCUCUCGGAGCUGGGAAACUCUUCAAGCUGGAGAACGGUGGCGAGUUCGAGGAGACAAUCAUCGCCAAAUGUGUCGAUACGUUUAUCUCCCUGUCCGCUGCUCAAAGACCCGCCGCAGGCGACCCGUCUGCCAACUUGAACAAUUCAUUCCCGACGUCAGGUGAAGGAGCCACGAGCACGUCCGCCAGCCUAACAUCUCCCAUCACGCCAUUCUCUCAGUCCACAUUGCCGUCAAAGUCAUUGCUGUCUCGGCAAGAGGUGCCAGGUUUGGACGCCGCUCACCCAGGAGGCGAAGACGUGUCUGUCAAGCAUGAUGAAACCUCUUUGGUUUUGAAACGGGGAGUUCAGGGCCAGCUGCAAUCUGUCAUCGAGCGUUUGUUCGAGCAAUGUUUUGUCCAGAAACGUUAUCGUCAGGUCAUCGGAAUUGCCAUCGAAGCGAAGAAUUUGGACGUACUCCGCAGGGCUAUUAUCCGGGCAAGCGAGGAUGAGAAGAAACACGGUGGAUCCCGUCGAAGCGAAGAGCUCAUGGAGUACGUAUUGGAUAUCUGCAUGGGAAUUGUGCAGGAGCGGGCUUUUCGCAAUGAAAUCUUGAAACUCAUUCUCGAGCUCCUGAACGAAAUUCCUACUCCGGACUACUUCUCGAUUGCCAAAUGUGUUGUCUUCCUGAACGAGCACUCCAUGGCAUCCGUCAUUCUUCGACAGUUGGUGGAGAAGGGUGAUGCCAGGUCACUUGCCGUUGCCUACCAGAUCUCCUUUGACCUUUACGACAAUAGUACUCAAGAAUUCCUCAAGAAGGUUCGCGAAGAAAUUGCCGAACUUGUACCCGAAGCACAGCAACCCGACAGCAGCAAAACGGAGAGUCAAGAAGAGCCCAAGGAGUCUGAUCCUUUGCUGCAGGACCAGUCCAGCUCGGAGCAAUCAAGGUCUCUUGGAUCGAACAAUGCCCAGGCGAAGUUAUCGGAUGAAGCGCGUACAGCAUUCAAAAAUAUACUCGAGAUUCUCGACGGCAUAAAAUCUAUUCAACUGAAUCUCGAGUUCCUCUACCGGAAUAACAAAGCCGACAUUGCCAUUUUGAACAAGGUCCGCGAUAGUCUGGAGGCUCGGAACUCCAUCUUCCAUACAGCCGUUACUCUUUCCAAUGCCUUCAUGCAUGCUGGCACCACACAUGACAAAUUCUUCCGAGAUAAUCUGGAGUGGUUGGGCAAGGCUGUUAACUGGUCCAAGUUCACGGCUACUGCCGCGCUGGGUGUUAUUCACCGUGGUAAUCUGAGCCAAGGCCAAAAGUUGCUGCAACCCUAUCUCCCAAGGGAACAUAUUGCUGGUGUUGGCGGGUCGGGCUCCGUUUACAGCCAGGGUGGAUCACUCUACGCUUUUGGACUGAUCUAUGCUAACCAUGGUGGAAUGGCUGUCGACAUGAUUCGGGAUCACUUCAAAAAGGCUACGGAGGAAGUUGUUCAACACGGUGGAGCGCUAGGAUUGGGUGUUGCAGGCAUGGCCACUGGUGAUGAGGGUAUUUACGAGGAUCUUCGGAACGUGCUCUACACUGACUCAGCUCUCAAUGGUGAGGCCGUUGGUCUGGCUAUGGGCUUGGUCAUGCUGGGAACCGGAAACAUGAGAGCUCUUGAGGACAUGAUUCAGUAUGCUCACGAUACGCAGCACGAGAAGAUUGUUCGUGGUCUGGCUAUGGGUAUGGCCUUGAUCAUGUAUGGUCGCCAAGAGGCUGCUGAUGAGUUGAUCAACGGCCUUCUGGGCGACCCUGACCCGACCCUCCGUUACGGUGGUAUCAUGACCAUUGCUCUUGCUUACUGCGGUACUGGCAGCAACAAAGCUGUCCGCAGGCUCCUGCACGUUGCCGUUAGCGAUGUCAACGAUGACGUUCGUCGUGUGGCAGUUCUCAGUUUGGGUUUCAUCCUGUUCAGAAAGUACCAGAGCGUGCCUCGGAUGGUUGAGCUGUUGUCCGAAUCUUAUAAUCCCCAUGUGAGAUAUGGCGCGGCUAUGGCGCUGGGUAUCUCGUGCGCUGGUACCGGGUUGGACGAGGCGAUCGACCUUCUGGAGCCCAUGCUGAAGGAUUCCACCGAUUUCGUCAGGCAGGGCGCCUUGAUCGCCUUGGCCAUGGUUUUGGUCCAGCAGAACGAGGCUAUGAACCCCCGUGUCAGCAGUCUUCGUAAAGCCAUGAUGAAGAUGAUUGGAGACAGACACGAAGACGCCAUGGCCAAGUUCGGCUGCGCUGUGGCUCUUGGCAUCAUCGACGCCGGUGGUCGGAACUGCACUAUCAGCCUGCAGACACAAACAGGCAACCUCAACAUGCCCGGAAUCGUUGGAGCGGCCGUUUUCAUUCAGUAUUGGUACUGGUUCCCCCUCACUCACUUCUUGUCGCUCAGCUUCACACCAACUGCAGUCAUCGGCGUGGAUCAGAAGCUUGAAGUUCCUUUCUUCAAGUUCCAUAGCAACACGAGACCUAGUCUUUUCGACUACCCUCCAGAGCAGCAGGUGAAGGCUGAGGAGGCGCCUGAGAAAGUCAAGACUGCUGUACUUUCGACGACUGCUCAAGCGAAGCGUCGCGCUCAACGUCGUGAGAAACAACAACGGCGUGAGAGCAUGGAUGUUGAUCAGACGCCCACGACACCUAAAGUGUCGGACCAGCUCCCCGAGAAGAUGGAGACCGACGAAGGUGCGGAGAAGCCCGAGGAAGAGGCGAAGGAAGGAGAGAAGGGCGCUGGCGAAGGUCCGAAGAAGAAAGCGGAGCGGGAGAAGGUCGGAUAUGAACUCGAAAACAUGUCCAGGGUUCUUCCUGCUCAGCUCAAGUACCUCACAUUCCCAGACCCACGGUACGAGCCGGUAAAACGGCCUACCGGAGGAGUUGUUGUCGUGUUGGACAAGAACCCCGACGAACCGCGUGAAACAAUCGAGAUGAAAGCAAGCAAAGAAGUCAGACAACCCGCAGCAACCGCGGAAUCGCUUCAAGAUCGGCUGCAAGCCGCCAUUGGCGCCGCGGCCUUGCAGACACCCCAACGCGAUGCUGGUCGGAUGCCUCUGGGUGCGGAUCCCACCGCGGCCGCAGGGGCAGCGGCCGCCGCUGGUGUCCUGACCGCUGUGGAUGAGGAUGAAGAAGGUGGCGAGGAAGCCCCUGUGCCGGAGGAGUUCGAGUACGAGUCUGAAGGCAUGGAGGAGUAA